UUAUUUUGAUAUUUAAUUUUUAGCAUUUUAGCGACUUAGCCAGAGAUUCUAAUUUUAUUAAUUCGUACAAUAAAUAAUUAUUAUUUAAAGUGGCCACGUAUAAAAUGUCUAUUAAUUUGAAUUAUUGUUCUUUUAUUUCAAAAACUUUCACCAGAAUCGAAUGAAAAAUACUACAUUAAUUGUACUCAUUAUUUUUUAGUUAUUCCACAAAUAAAUAAAUAACAACAAUNGAUUUUUUAAAUACUAAUACCGGACAAAGUAACUUCAAUAAUCCAAAUGGUGGUCAUACUGCAGUUUAUAUUGAUGACCGGCCAAUGAAUAAUGUAGAAGGACGGAUGACUGUAUCUGGAUCAUUAAUGCAAAAUAUUGGUGACCCUGGAUUCAAUACAUUAGAUGAACCUAUCAAAACUACUAUUAUGAGAGACUUAAAAGCAGUUGGAAUGAAAUUUAAGCACGUUUUGUACUUAAAAGAAAAAAAUACACUUCUUAAAGAAUGGGACUUGUGGGGCCCUUUGAUGCUUUGCACAUUCAUGGCUAUGGUUCUACAAGCGUCACCAGAUUCUAUACAAGUUGGUGAUGGAGGUCCUGAAUUUGCUGAGGUUUUUGUCAUUAUUUGGAUAGGUUCUGUUAUUAUUACAUUAAAUUCAAAACUACUUGGUGGCACAAUAUCGUUUUUCCAAAGUGUAUGUGUUCUAGGUUACUGUUUAUUACCAAUUGUAAUAGCCUUGAUAGUAUGCAGAUUUAUUUUAAUAUUUGAACAAACAAAUUUCUUAUUUUUUAUUCGAUUUGCCAUAUCAAUUGGUUCAUUUUUGUGGUCCACUUAUGCCUCUGUUGUAUUCCUUGGAGAUAGUCAACCUCAAGGAAAAAAAGCUCUAGCUGUUUAUCCAAUAUUUUUGUUUUACUUUAUCAUGUCAUGGCUUGUAUUAUCACAUACAGUAUAGCGYUGUUGAUCAAAAAUACAUUUUGAGAUGUUGCGUUAAUUUUGUUUGUGACUUGUAAUYAUUUAAUUAUUUAUUCUGUUUUAAAUUGUUUACUGUUAAGUACCUAAUUAUUAAUGUUUGGAGCUUGAUGCCUUCAAUGUAAAUCACCCUGUCAUGUGAAUAAAAGUACAAUGUUUAUUGUUUCUGUGCAAUAAAUAUGUCAUAAUAUUA